CCCUCAAGAGUCAAAACAGAGGCUGCUUUUUCUCUUUACAAAAGAAAGAAAAACCCUCCCUUUGUCAUCUCCAAGCUUGCCCAGCCAUCGCCCAAUUCUCUUCGCUCCAAAACCCCACCAUUUUCAUGACCCUCUGAUUCCACGCUGCUGCAGCCUCCGCCAUUGAUGGAUUCUCUGAAACCCACUUCGGCUCCAACCAAGAACAAGCUUUCCAAGACCUUCCACAAAGUCAUCCACCGCAAAACCGCCACCAAAACCCUCUCCAACUCCGGCUUCUGUCUCUUCAUUCCUCAGGAACACAAGCACAAAGCGGACGCCAAGCCUCAGCUGCAGUGCUUCGGCAGAGAGUGCAAGGAUGAGUCCAUCUCAACGCCAGCGAGGAACAGGGCCGGCGCCUUGGAAGCGUUCGUGGCCAAGCUCUUCGCCACCGUCUCCGCCGCCAAAGCGGCCUACGCUGAGCUGCAGACGGCCCAGUUCCCCUACAACGCCGACGCCAUUCAGGCGGCCGACGAGGCCGUCGUGCGCGAGCUGAAGCUGCUGUCGGAGCUGAAGCACAGCUUCUUGAAGAAAAAGAUCGAUUCUUCGCCGCCCCACGUGACCAUCUUGCUCGCUGAGAUUCAGGAGCAGCAGUCUCUGAUGAAGAUGUACGAAAUCACGAUGAAGAAAAUGCAGGGCGAAGUUGACGCCAAGGAGAAAGUUUUUUCUUCUCUUCAGAACGAGCUGAAUGACGCCGUUUCCAACAACAAGGCCCUCGAGAAGAAGCUGAACUCGAGCGGCCAAUUUUCAGUACUCGAAACUGUGAAAUUUUCGGAUUCCAAUCCCAGUGGUUUCGGCUUUGUCCUGCAUUACGCGGUGAGAUCAGUGAGAAGCUUCGUGAAGGUGAUGAUUCGGGAAAUGGAAAGUUCGAAUUGGGAUAUCGAAACGGCGGCCAAGGCUAUCGAGCCGGAGGUGGAUUUCGCCAAAGCGAAUCACCGAUGCUUCGCUUUCGAGUCGUUUGUUUGCCGAGAAAUGUUCGAUGGGUUCGAUUCUCCCAACUUUUCAUUUCCGGACGAGUCAAAUCCCAGUAGGUUCGUGUUCAUAGAUCGGUUCAAGAAACUGAAGACGGUGAAUGCAGUUCAGUUUCUGAAGAGGAAUCCGAAUUCGGGAUUUGGGAAGUUUACGAGGAGUAAGUACCUCCGUUUGGUUCACCCGAAAAUGGAGACCUCAUUUUCCGGGAAUCUAAGCCAGAGGAAACUCAUAAACUCCGGCGAAUUCCCGGAAACCUCAUUCUUCUCGGCGUUCGCCGAGAUGGCGAAGCGGGUCUGGCUUUUGCAUUGCCUGGCCUUCUCGUUCGAUCGGAAAGUGGAGAUCUUUCAGGUGGGAAGGAACUGCCGGUUCUCGGACGUGUACAUGGAGAGCCUCAACGACGACCCGCUUGCCGCCGUGGACGGCGGUUUCCGGGUGGCGUUCACUGUUGUUCCGGGGUUUAAGAUCGGACAAGCGGUGAUACAGAGCCAGGUCUAUCUCCAUCCGGCGGUUACUUCGGCGAAAUGACAAAGCUUUCGUUUCUUGUAUCCUGUCAUGAGGCCAUCUCAUUACCCACGCGCUCUUGCACGCGCCGCCCUGAACGGCGGACUUAAUUUCACUCUCUUACCGGGACUCGGGAGGAUUUAUUUUGUGCCACUAGAAUGAACAGAAAAUUUUGGUGUCCAAGCCAAUGAGAUACCAUCUUAUCACAGUGACAAGAUUAAAUUCCUAAAUAUCACUAACGUGGAUGGUAUCUCUUGUGCCGGGGCAUCAAAAUUUUUAAGUUGCAAAAUAAUUUCUUAUUUCACAGCCGGAGGUGAUCGGGACGGUGUUACCAUGGACGGCAGCAGGGGGCGGCGGGUGGAAAAGCCUAAAUAUAAAAUGUAAAAUAUGUAAUAUAAAUAUAUAUAUAUAUGAUUGUAAUAGUAUUGUCAGGUCAGGAAUAGAGUUGUCAAGCAAAGUGGCGGGUCGGACCCACAUAUGAAAGUGGGUUCAGAGUGCAUAUGAACUGGAAAUUUGGAGUAUAGUUAGGGGAAAUUUGGAGUAUUGUAGGCAGAGUGUGGGGCCCAUCUCUGUUUGUUUGGAGGAAAAGAAAAUGCGGCCCCCUUUUCUCUGAGAAAACUUGCGUCCGAGAAAAUUUUUGUUUCAUUGUGCCCUACAGCCUGCUCUGAGUUGGUUUAAAAUAAGAUUAUACAUAAUAAUAUCUGGAAUGUAGCUCGGUA